GCCCCACCGCCCCCGCGGGCCAUGGGAAGCCGCUGAAAGCCGCAGUGCUGAGAAUGGGCAACCGCACAUGGGAGGGCUGCCACGUGGACUCCCGCAUGGACCACCUCUUCCCGCCCUCCCUCUACAUCUUCGUCAUCGGCGUGGGGCUGCCCACCAACUGCCUGGCGCUGUGGGCCGCCUACCGCCAGGUGCGGCAGCGCAACGAGCUGGGCGUGUACCUGAUGAACCUCAGCGUGGCCGACCUGCUGUACAUCUGCACGCUGCCGCUCUGGGUCGACUACUUCCUGCACCACGACAACUGGAUCCACGGCCCGGGCUCCUGCAAGCUCUUCGGCUUCAUCUUCUACACCAACAUCUACAUCAGCAUCGCCUUCCUGUGCUGCAUCUCGGUGGACCGCUACCUGGCCGUGGCCCACCCGCUGCGGUUCGCCCGCCUGCGCCGCGUCAAGACGGCCGUGGCCGUGAGCUCCGUGGUCUGGGCCACGGAGCUGGGCGCCAACUCGGCGCCCCUGUUCCAUGACGAGCUCUUCCGCGAUCGCUACAACCACACCUUCUGCUUCGAGAAGUUCCCCAUGGAGGGCUGGGUGGCCUGGAUGAACCUCUACCGCGUCUUCGUGGGCUUCCUGUUCCCGUGGGCCCUCAUGCUGCUCUCCUACCGUGGGAUCCUGCGCGCCGUGCGCGGCAGCGUGUCCACCGAGCGCCAGGAGAAGACCAAGAUCAAGCGGCUGGCCCUCAGCCUCAUCGCCAUCGUGCUGGUCUGCUUUGCGCCCUACCACGUGCUCCUGCUGUCCCGCAGCGCCGUCUACCUGGGCCGCCCCUGGGACUGCGGCUUCGAGGAGCGCGUGUUCUCCGCCUACCACAGCUCGCUGGCCUUCACCAGCCUCAACUGCGUGGCCGACCCCAUCCUCUACUGCCUGGUCAACGAGGGCACGCGCAGUGACGUGGCCAAGGCCCUGCACAACCUGCUCCACUUCCUGGCCAGUGACAAGCCCCAGGAGAUGGCCAACGCCUCCAUCACCCUGGAGACCCCGCUCACUUCCAAGAGGAACAACGUGGCCAAGACCACGGCGGCCGGCUGGGUGGCAGCGCCUUCCUCCCAGGAGGACCAGGUGCAGCUGAAGAUGCUGCCGCCACCGGCACAGUGAACCCUCAGAUCGCCGAGAGACCCCGUCUCCCAGAAUCACAUCCCACGCUCCCUGCGCUCUUGGUCUGGUGUGUGCAAAUUGUACAUAAAUAAGGCUGUGUAACUAUUCAUAAGAAUAUAAGAAAAUAGGAAAACAGCAAGGUUGGUGUGUCGUUGGUCAGUUGUCAUCCUCUACCAUGACCCCUUAACAAUUCAGUUGAGCGGU